ACUCCCUCUCUCUCGUUCCAGGGUUUCGUUUGCGAUCUCCGGGCGAUGGAUCUCUAGGGUUUCACCGCUCGGUUGAAUCCUUCGGCAUAAUCAUCGGCUUCCUAGUGUUCCUUUACUCUCUGCCGGCGUUCUCCGCUCGAUUUCUCUCGUUUGGAAGCUCGCCGUGCCUUUCAGGCGAUGAUCUUCGUCGACAAGGAGGUAGAUAGGAAUCCAGCCACCGCCACCGCCGAUAUAUCCUUCGUUGGGAUGGAAAAACCCCAAGAUGGAACUAGGGUUUCCGACGGGUCCGUUCGCCAAAGCGGUGGCUCAGGCUCUAAUCCAUCUAGGGUUCUACCCGACAUCGAUCCGGCGGCGGCGGCGGCGCAGCCAGAUGCUGAAAUCGAGUUGGAGGUAGCUAGGGUUUCUGAAUCCGAGGAUGCCAGAAACGAUUCCUCAUCUGUGAAUGCCGGAGUCGACCGAUCGAUGCCGGUCCAGGCGGAGAACCGGGUCUCGAAUACGGGUGCCGCGACCCAGGAGCCUGUGUCUCUCCAGUUGUCUUUGGCUCCACAGGCGGCGCCACCGGAGUCCUGGAUGCAUGGCUUCGAGAUCGGCGACAUGGUCUGGGGGAAGGUGAAAUCCCAUCCAUGGUGGCCUGGAUACAUCUACAACGUUCAUUUUGCGCCUCCCGAUGUCCGGAGGACGAGGAAGGAGGGCCAUCUCCUCGUUGCGUUCUUCGGGGACAGCAGCUAUGGGUGGUUUGUUCCAGAUGAGGUUAUCCCUUUCGAGUCUUACUACCUGGAGAAAUCGAAGCAAACGACCUCGAAAAAUUUCGUCUUGGCUAUGGACGAGGCAGUAUAUGAGGAGAGCCGGAGAGCUGCUUUGGGUCUGACGUGCUGCUGUCGGAAAGUAAGAAACUUCAGGUAUUUUGGUUUUCCAGGGUAUGUUUGUGUCGAUGUGCCGGGCUAUGAGCGAGGGGCAGAGUACUCUGUGAAACAGAUAGAUCGUAGCCGUGAAAGCUUCGUGCCUGAAGAGUUACUGUCCUUUCUGCUGCAGUUGGCAUUGGCCUCUCAAAGCGACGAGCCCUGGGGCAUUGAUUUCAUCAGGAGAAAGGCAAGGUUGCUAGCUUACAGGAAGGCUGUGUAUGAAGAGUACGAUGAGACUUAUCCACAAGCAUUUGGAGUGCAGCCGGUACGGCCGUCUCCAAAUGAUGCAGAAACACUAGAUCGGCUCGAUUACUUUGCACCCAGAGCUAUGCUACUCAGCGGUCAGCUCAGAAUUGCGGAAAACUUGGGCGACGCGAGGCUCUUCUCCUCCUCCUCCAGACCUGCCACAGGUACUCCCAAGAGUCCCUCAUCGUUAAAGAAGACCAAGUACGUCCUCAUCAAAAAGCGAAAGGAAGAACGAGGAGUGAAGCACCCAAGCUCCAGCCUAGGAUUCUCUAGGCCUAUUCAGUUUCUCUGCUCACCCCCUCCUAAAACUCAUGAGAUGACAAGGGCCAUUCACUACCACAAGUCUCCACAGAGACAGGCCGCAGCAUCCAAAUCCCAGGCCGGCGGCAAUUAUAUGCUUCAGAGGCCGUCUAAGCUGAUGUCGGAAGGUAGAAAAGUUGCGACCAGCAACAAGUUACAGGUACCAUCGGAACAGAAGGAAACGAAGUUGGCAGUAGGGCCGAGUGCAAUGCAGCAAGCUUCUGCUACUAGCUCCCAUAUGGAAGGUCAACCAUUGCCAACCGAUGGCCACAGUAGUAAUAAUCUCAGACGGGAGACAAAAUCUGCAGUAGCUUUGCCGGCAUCUGAUCGUGCAGCACGAGAGGAGAGCUCGAAAGCUCGAGCUGUGGCAACGUUGAAUGGAGUAGUGGUAAAGAAGAAGAAGGCUCCAAAGCGAUUGAGGGACGAUGCAGGUUCUGUUGGACCUGAAGACAGUGGAGGCAUCAAGAAAAAGAAGACAAAGAAAGUGCUUGGUAUUGAGGCUGGCCCUUCUAGAGAUGGACGAGAAUCUUAUGGGAAAUUUGCAGGCAGGUCAACCAGUACUGGGCUUGGACAUGGACAGAUUGUCCGAACGGAAUCUCAGAAGAGAGAUGAUGGAGUUCUGAGAACCUCGGAUCUCCAUAGUGCUGCUGCUCGGCAACCCAGAGUGGAUGUGAGUUCUCUCAGUCUGGAGUUUCCGCAGCUACUGAGCGACCUAAAAGAACUGGCAGCGGAUCCUUUGUAUGCAAUCGAACGCAAUGCUCCCGGUGUUGUCCUCCAAGUAUUUUCCAAGUUCCGGUCACAGGUGUAUCAGAAGUCGCUCCACCCACCAGAAAGUGAUCAUGAUAUGGCCAAGCUGCAAGCCACUAGAGUGGCUGUUGUUGCUCGAUCACUGGUGGAACCUGGUGCUGGGAAUGCUGACAUGGUCUUUGGGAAGGAAGCAAAGGAUCAUAGAGAGCCUUCAUCAUCUGCCUUAAAGCUAUUGAAGCCCAAGCUGAAGCCAAAUGAUCCAAGGAAGGCUGUUCGCAAACGGAGAUCAUCUGACCAACAGGAACAGUCGAAUGAAAAGAAGCUAAGGAAAAUGAAUCAACUCAAUGCAGUAGCUAUACAGAAGAAGGCAGAGCAGCGAAGUCAAAAGGAAUCAAGAACAGCAACAGCAUCAGCGGCUUCGGCAAAGCCAAAUAACAAGGGAGCAGACACCGUCAAGAAGCAAGAGCCAGCCCCCCCUCCUCUGCCAUUCUCUCCAACAGCUCUGUUACUCAAAUUUCCGCUUGGAACGUCGCUUCCGUCGGUUGCAAAACUGAAGGCGAGGCUGGCGGUGUUCGGACCGUUGGUUAAAGAUUCUACCCGUGUCUACUGGAAGUCUGAUUCGUGCAAAGUGGUCUUUAAGCACAAGCCCCAUGCAGAAGCCGCUCUCAACUAUUCUAGAAAAAAUGACCUCCUUCUUGGUCCACUUCGGUGCUGCAUCCGUGAGCUUGAUCCCACCACACUUAAACCACUCUCCUUUAAUCCUGGGAAGCUGCCACCACCGCAGUCGCAUCUCAGCCAUGGCCCUCUGGUCAGUCCUGGAAAUGGUGGUCAGCCUCGGGCUUUACCAUAUCAGCAGCAACAGGCACCCAUAGUCCAGCUGAAAUCCAUCUUAAAGAAACGUUGUGAUGUGGGUGGUGGCUCUGUGGGCAAUGCUGCAAGAGAGGCUCCGCGACGAGUAACAUUCAUACUGGAUGGCAGAGAUAAUGAUAGGAUAGAAAAGGAGCCACCUGUGGCGCCUGCUGUUAGCAAUGGCAAUGGAGGGAGUUAUGCAGCUGGGUCUUCAUCUUCUCUUCCAUUGAUGGAUCCUAUGACUAAUUCUAAGAAUCCCAAAUCAUCCGGUUUGCUUCCUACUCCACCACCUCCAUUACAUUCCCAUCUAUCAAAUUCUCUUCCUCUCCGACCGUCCAUUUCAUUUCCACCUCCACCUCGUGCUGCUGGUGGCCCAUUUCCAUCCAUUGCACUUCCGCUUCCACUUCCACCUCCACCUCGUGUCGUCGGUGGUCCACCACCUCGGCCGCUCCCUCACACCGUAGACACGUUUGAAGCCGGUGGCUUUGGACCAGCCCAGUUCAACGAGUCCCGACUGCAGCACAAUGGACAACAUGCUGUGGUAGGAGGAACGAACAAACCAGAUAUCUCAAGCCAAAUGCUAAUCCUGCUGAGGAAGUGCAGCCACAUUGUCAACAAUAUCAAGUCUUCUCUCGGCUAUAUACCAUACCGCCCGCUGUAGAAGUCUCUGAUGAUGUUAGAAUCCGACGGUGCCCGUCGAUGCUGUGUGGAGUUGCAGAUGAAUCCUCUUCUGACAAACAUGGUAAGGAGAUGAUAAGAAGCUGUUGUACUUCUCGUAGAGAGUGUGUGGUAGAACAUUUAUGUUUGUUAUGGUUGAUAACUAGCAGUACUGUAUGGAUAUUAGACAUCUAUCUUAAUCUUAUCUUCUUCUGUUUGUUAA